AUGUUUUCCUUUCAGGUAAGAUCUGCAGAACGUCCGCUAUUUUAGCUGUUUUCCAGUCUAUUAGAUCUCUCUCGAGUUCAUUUCAGGUUCGAACGAUUGGGAGCGGCUUUGUUUCCCCCGUCCGCAGUUACGCUGGUUAGUUUUGUCCAUACAUUCAAGUAACUGGCAUUUAGCUUUUGUUUGUGGGGCCUCUUUUCAGUGAAUAUCAUGCAAGGUCUUAUUAUCGGGUCCAUGGUAAGUACUCGACGUCCAUCUCUUUCUACUUCAUUUCUGUUAAAUAUCGAAGCUUAAUGCUUCUUCUAAUACCUUCAGAUUAGCUGCGCGAAUGUUAUUACACUCUGGACUGGCGGUGGCUACGAACGGUUGUUGUUGCGCCUUGUUUCGAGGAGCUAAUUUUCCGCAGCUGCAUCCUUUUCCAUCUGAAACGCGAACUUAAAUCCUGUUGGUCACUUUUUCUUGCCAGCGCCGGCUUUUUUUUGCAGUAUGUACGUGCUACACUAGUUAACUGCGGGCCUUGAUCUCCCUGCUGAUGAACUUAACAGGCUUUGUUUUUACUAUCUCGACUUCGUGCUGAUAGUUCUUAUCGCAUUAUUUGUAGCUCACUUUCACCACGUCUUUGAAAAGGUUCACGCAGGCUACUCAUGGAGGUCUGCAAUCAAAAGUUGUUGUAGGCCCCUUUCUCUUUCGAUCAUUUGUUCCGGAAUUUGUCUACAGCUGCCAUUGUCUUGAGUUGGACUCUUAACGUUUCUCUUUCUUUUGACAGUAGUCCAAGUACUCCUCACAGCAUUCUUCGGAACCUACUCCACUUUUAUCGUCCUUCGGACCGGUGAGUAG